AUGGAUAGUUUCAUUCGANCUGACAGUUUUGGUGGGAUUGUAGGUGAUCACAGAGAAGAAGUUUUGCAGAAGGACUCUUUGGAGAGAUGUCUAAUUGAGUCAAUCACAACAGAAGAUGAAGACCCUUGCUUGAUAGAAGAAGCUGAAGCGUUAGAGAAAGAAUCUCUGACUGAUAAUAAUAUGGAGCUAAAGGAGGAUUUGCAUAAAACCCCUAAUGAGGCUCCUAAACUUGAGCUUAAACCUCUUCCUUCACAUUUAAAAUAUGCUUUUCUAGAUAAAGAUGCUUAUUCUGUGAUUAUUUCUGCAUCUUUGACAGAUUUGGAGGAGAAGUCACUGCUAGACAUUUUGAGGAAGUACAAGAAAGCGAUGGGAUGGACAAUUGCUGAUAUCAAGGGAAUAAGCCUUUCCAUCUGCAUGCAUAAGAUCCUCAUGGAAGAGAAUUUCAAGCCAACAAUACAACCGCAAAGGAGAUUAAAUCCUGCGAUGCAAGAAGUGGUACGAAAGGAAGUGUUAAAAUUACUCGAUGCAGGUUAUUAUCAAAUUCCUAUUGCUCCAGAGGACCAAGAGAAAACAACAUUUACUUGUCCUUAUGGCAUGUUCGCUUAUCGACGUAUGCCAUUUGGUUUAUGCAAUGCGCCAGCUACUUUCCAACGUUGCAUGAUGCGUUGUGAGGAAUCAAAUUUUGUGCUGAAUUGGGAGAAGUGUCAUUUUAUGGUACGAGAAGGUAUCGUGCUUGGACACAAGAUCUCUGAGCGAGGGAUUGAGGUUGAUAAAGCAAAAGUGGAAGUGAUUGAAAAAUUACCUCCCCAAACGAUGGUUCGAGCAGUCAGAAGUUUCCUUGGACAUGUGGGAUUUUAUAGAAGAUUUAUUAAGGAUUUUUCAAAAAUUGCAAAACCUCUAUCUAAUCUUCUUGCCAAGGAUAUGAAAUUUAACUUUGAUUCUGAGUGUUUGCAGGCCUUUAAUUUGCUGAAAGAGAAGCUAGUGACAUCACCAAUAGUGGUCGCACCAAAUUGGAACAACCCCUUUGAAAUUAUGUGUGAUGCGAGUGACUAUGCCAUCAGUGCUGCUUUCGGUCAAAGGAAAGAAAAAAUGUUUCAAGCCGGGCGGGAGGUAAAGGCAAUAAGAGACCCUCCCGGCAAGGAAGAGAGGAAAAAGGCGCUUUCUCAAAGCAGAGGAGGAAGGGUGGGUAGUAGGUACCACGAGCCCUCUGUCCCACACAUCUAUCCAGAAGCAAGUGUAGUUCACCGGUUCCACCGAAUGCUCCUAUCUCUCGGCAAAGAUCGUCUGAGUGUGCAGUUAUGCUUCGGAUGCUUCGCCAUAAUAGAUCGACCCAGUUCCCAUUCUUUUCCAGUGCACUCGCUUUAUAUCUCCAACACACAAGGAAGGAUACGGUGGGAAGGAAGCAGCCUUAGCCUCUGUCCGAUCAAUCAUUCCGCUGGCAUCUUGCAUUCACGCCUCCGUUUGACUGCCGCUCGGGGAUGUAGUUGUAGAUACGUUAGUCUUAGUGGGUCGUUGGCUCCACCUGUUAUCUCUUUCUACGACAUGCUGUUGUCGUCGCCAUAUUUCAUAUGUCACUUAGUCAUCUCUGCCUCGCUGCGGGUCAGCACCUCCGAAAGAAACAGAGGACUUCAUUCAGUGACUCCACGAUCGCCCUCUGAACGAUCAGAAUAAGGUAAAGCUUGAAGAUAAGUUUUGUACUCUAUUAAUUUCUCAGUCCUUCUA